GACUGUGCGGAGGUGGAUUGAGUGUGCCUGGCUGCAGGUAGCACGGGGCAGAGAUGGCGUCGCUAUCGUCGCCGCUGCGAGUGUGUCGCGGGAUCCUGAAAGAACUGCGUGCCAUCCAGGGACCGAGUUAUAAAAAGUCACUGGCUUAUAGCUAUGUCAUGGACCAGUUCCGCAAGAAUAAGGUAACGGGAGAAAGGUACUGCCGUGCCCAGCAGGAGGCACAUCAUGCCUCACACACAUACCUGUGUUUGCUGGCUUCCACCAGAAACCACCUGGCCCUGCACAAUUUUUACCACGGCAAGGGAGAGCGCAGCCCAGAAGAGGUCGCCAAUCUAGUGGGGCUCAGGUUGCCCACACAGCCAGGAGGCAAAGGCUGGGAGAAGUGAUGGCACUGGAAAAAACAGUCUUUACACUCUUAAGAGUUGUGUGUGUGUGUGUGUGUGUGUGUGUGUGUGUGUGUGUGUGUGUGUGUGUGUGUGUGUGUGUGUGUGUCUGAUUCAUCUGGACAGUUGACGUUGUGUGAAUCAAACACUAUGACAGGUUGGAGUUUUUGCUAUUAUGUGAACUGUUGAGGGAUUAUAUUCUUGCUGGCUUGUGCUGCCAGUGUUCAAGUUCAGUGUACUGUGAAAAUUGAAGUUGUACUUUAAAAUCUUCGCUUAACAUAUUGCACCCCAGUACUUAUCUGCAGCUCUGUUUGUGUUUAAAUAGAACUUAAAUGCAGUGAGUAAAAAGAAAUGUAAGUACAUUUUCAUUUGGUGUUUCUAUUAAAAUAUGCUUCACUUUGACACUGUUUUUCCUAAAGAAUGUUUAUACAUUGUAACACUUUUAUGUAUUUAAAAUAUCAGUUAAAAUCAGGCUAUUUUGAUUUUUAUGUAUGUAAGGAAUAAGUAAACAUGCUUCAUCAGAUGCUGAUCAAACGUGACACUGAUGAAGCUGAACAGA